AUGGCCCACACUCGAGCCCAAACAGCGGCCCAAAGGGCGCUCCUAUCGCCGGCGUCAAAUUAUCGAGGAAAUCGGCCCCAGGGCAUCCAGCCGCGCAAAGGCAGGCCUCGAAAGCGUACAACCAGGCGCGCCGAACGCAAUCGUCCGCAUCUAACUACGCAAUCCUCACAGGAUCUACCUGCGCCAGUCCAGAGCCGAGGCCGCAAGCGCAAGCAAUCAAUCGAACACGCACUCGAGGGCAACCCAGACCCAGACCCGAAGCGACAACGGACAUCCUCUCCACGUCCUACCAAAGACGCAUUUAACGAGCCAGCGGUUAGCAACGGCGCCCACAAACACACUGACCCAGUUGCUUUCUGGGUGAAGGAAAGCCGCUGGCCAGUGGAGCAGGACUGGCCGGUGGAGCAGGACUGGCCGGAAGCGACCUCAACGACGGAUCUCACCAUGGACCGUCGUCUACUUGCGCUAAAGAAAUCUCCGUCCAACUUGUCCCGGAAGCGAUCGAACUCUGCUUCGUCCACGACGCCCAGCGACCAGAAGCCGAGGGAGGAGAAGAGUGCGCCGUAUAGGGACACGCGGUACCCGCUCCUGCUCCAGACCAAGGGCUCAUACAUGGACAUCUCUGAGCUUGGUAUUACAGAUGCGAGCAAGAAUCUUGUUAGGGACCUUCUUAGCGGUGAACAACCGGCCCCCAAGGAGACGCUCUUCGACGAUGAUAUCUUUGUGGAUGCUUGUCGCAACCUCGACAAUAAGAAUGAGGCGAGGAUUAUUCAAGACAUCUCAAGGCUUAUCGUUCCCUCGGCGGAAUCGCUCGCACUCCGGAACAAGAACUAUAAACGCCUUGUCGAAAGCGUCAACGAAGGGUGGAAUAACUCGAUCCCCCUCACCAGCACUCGUCCACAGCCUGACUACUCCGUUGGGUUCAGACGAGACGCAUUCACCGAGGACCAGCUCGCCAAGCUGUCGCCCUUCAUUGGCGACUUCAUCGCCGGGGACCAGUCCUUCUUCAUGGGAACGUACUACAUGUACUUCCCGUUCCUGACUUGCGAGGUGAAAUGCGGCGCCGCGGCGCUCGACAUCGCAGACCGGCAGAACGCUCACAGCAUGACCCUUGCGGUGCGGGGCAUCGUCGAACUCUUCCGUGCUGUCAAGCGCGAGGAUGAGGUCAACCGGAAGAUCCUUGCCUUCUCCGUCUCGCAUCACUACCGGACGGUGCGGAUCUAUGGCCACUACCCAGUGAUAACUGGGAGAGACAUCAAGUACUACCGGCACCCGAUCCAUGAUUUUUCCUUCACCGCGCUCGACGGAAAGGAUAAGUGGACGGCAUAUCGUUUCACGAAGAAUGUUUACGACACAUGGAUGCCUAAGCAUUUCGAGAACAUCUGCUCUGCCAUCGAUCAGUUGCCGUCGGAUUUGGACUUUGAUGUCCCGCCGCUUUCUGAGGCGACCGGGCUUUCCCAGGACUUAGGAAACCUGAUGCACUCGGGUGCCUGCUCCGCUUCUGCUGGCGAGCAGGACAGCCAGGCGAGUAUCGCUGAGCAGCAAGCGGUCACUCCAGACACUUCAUUCAGUGGGGUAGGGGUAGCAAAGAGGAGGAAAGGCCGGAAGGAUAAAUAG